UCCUGCCCAUACUGUAAGAAUUGUGGUACUUCUUCCCGCCAUGACAACAAGGCACCCUGGAAACGGGAUGGAAACAGUUAGUGGUUUGUUAUUUUUCUAAACAAAUCAUUUCAAGAAAAUACUCGCUUGCGUUAUACGUGAAUUUGCCCAAUAAUGGCUGAUAUUGUGAACCAGGAUGUGGAUAAUAUUAGUGACAUUUCUGAUUUUUCUGAUGCUAGUGAUGGCCCCAAAAAAGAAGUUGCAGUGGUAGAAGAAAUUAUUGAAGAGAGCGAACAGCCACUGUACAAGGAGGAAGAUUUAGACAUCUUGGUGGAAUACAUUCGUGAUAUGGUUUUUCUGUUCGACUACGAUGAGAACGAGUUUGGUGACAGUGUGGCUAAGGUCGCAAGGCAAUGGCUCCUUGAUGUUACCCUUCCGAUGCUGUUCAUAUUCUACGACGGAGAUACUCUGUCGGCAUCCGUUGGCUUUCCUUUAUGUCCAUUUAAUGAUAUGAUGUAUUUCAUGCGGAAACCGGAGCAACUUUUCAACGUGGUCGAGCGUUUCCAUGACGACAUCAUGUUUGGAACGCUGCACAAUGACAUAGAAGGGACACUGCUAGCGCGUUUGGAACAAUUCUACGGUCCACUGUUCCUCUCCAACGCCCAGUGGACGGAAAAUGUGAAAGGAAAAAUUCUAUCCGGGUAUAAUGCAUUUAUGACUCAUUUGACCGAGUUGCAUUACAAAUUGUCGGGGUUGACGUUGCUUUACAUACCACGCGAGGGUACUGACGCGGAGAUUCAAGAAGUUGUUCUCAAUCGAUCGGUGGUGAAACGUUUGGAAGCAGUAGUGAUUGAUUGGACGGCUCAAAUACGGUCUACCAUGAGUGAUACCGAGCAUUAUGUGCCGGGCAAUCUUGUAUGUCCAGUGGAUGAGUUCAAUUUUUGGCAAUACCGGUAUGAAGUUCUCUGUGUCAUUAGGACACAAUUAGGAGAGCCAAACGUGCAGCACCUUUUAAAAAUAUUGGAACUAUCUCAGUCUCUCUACAUAAAACCAUUGCGAGAAGUACUUUCCGACCUUGAUGGAGAAAUUUUACGCGCCGAAUCGAACAUUCCUUUCCUGAAACUUUUGGUUGAUCCAUGUUUUGCGAUUCGCUCGUUGGAAACUGAAGACGAUCUGUGCUCUCAGAUAAUUUAUGUAAUACAUAUAAUUCGUUUUAUUGGUACAGAAUCGACCUACCUCCGCAAGGACGAGAGCAUUACCAAGCUUUUUCUGUAUCUCAGCAAUGAAAUAGUUUCUUGCUGCGUGGAGAGUAUCGACAUCAACAAAAUUCUUACUGUCUCACCCGAGUACGGUAUUGAAAUAUGCAACACGAAAAUCAACGGCUGCGAAUCGUACAAAAUAAUCUACGAAGAGAUGCUAAAACACUACAAGAAGGAACUUACCUGGAAUCUGGAUUAUGCAACAAUUUUCAAUAAAAUAAAUGCCUUUAUCCAGCGGCUUAACGACGUGCUGGAAAUAUGUGAUGCUAUGUUGAUCUUCGGAAAAUAUAACGAUAGCAAAUCGUAUAAAAACUACCGUUUCUCGUGCAACAAUCCCAAGGAGUACGAGGACAAGUGCGACAAGGUGGAAAAGAUUUUCGCCGAUGGGAUAGAAGUGAUCCAGUCGGUUUCGGGAAUAAUUCUCGACAUCAACAAUAAGGAGUGGUACAAAUACAUUGCGACUUUCAGGGAAAUGCUGAUGACGCUGGAUGACAUAAUAGAAAACUUACUUUCUAACGUGUUUUUGAUAGCGGAAAACCUAGAAGAGAAGGUAGAUGUUUUGAUAACGCUUUUAAACUUUUACAAGCGCGAAAGUAUAAAGGAGAGUUUUACAAGAAAAAUAGUUGAAGUGUGGACUAUAUUCCAUGCUGAACUGAUCGCGCUAUCCAAAGAAGUAUCCUCUGGUAUAAGUUGGUAUCCGUCGUUACUUACGAAGCAUACUGGACCGUAUAUAAUGUUAAAAAUAAAAUUUAAUCGCAUUGAUCGCUUAAGGGAGUUGCUUGAGCGGUGCAGAUUUUUUCCGCACGUUGCUGAAAGUGAUGAAGCGUUAGCGUUGUUUGAAUCGUGCGAAAAGCAGGUGAAAACUGCCCUAAAAGGCUUUACUGAUUCAUGGGUUAAGUUUAUCAACGCAGACUACGGUUCUUGGUUGAAUAGACAUCUGGUCUGCCGAAGCCAAACCCGGCCUGGAUUGUUAGAGUGUCAUAUAGAAAGACGCCUGCUGGUGAUCAUGGAUGAAGCAUAUUUUUUCAAAGUAUCAAACGCCCCCAUUCCAAGCAUAAUCGACAUGGACAAAAAUGAAGUUGUGAGGCUAACAUUCGACAACGUUAUUCGGAUUGUUAUCUACUUCAAUGAUGUGGUGUCAUCGGUUUCCGAGAAAGAACGGUUGUUCUUCAAACCAAUGAUUCAACAGACCGAAAGAAAACUCGAGCCGUUGAGAAGUAAACUAACGUGGGAUGAUGAUUUGGGUGAGUUUAUCGAUACGUUUGUGACCAACGUGAAAGAACUUCUGGACGUGAUUCAAGUGUACAAGCAGGAAAAUCUUAAAAUAGCUGGAUGGAUGGAGGCUAUAUAUCAACUGUAUUUAUUUGAUAUCAGCAAAAAACACGCUCAACAUCUUAAGGAUUUGCAGAAAUAUAUAAGCGAUCAGAAGAAAGUAUCCCUAUCGGAACUCGUACGUGUGCUGUCGGAGAUCAGUAAAAAUAUAUUCUGCAUAUACGAGAAUUUGGGCUCCAACAUACGUAGAAUGACGGUCAGUUGGGCUCAGUACGUACAGAAGAUUGAUCGGUUACUAAAAGCAGCUAUAUUUAAUUCCGCAUUGAUUACGUUAGAGAAUAUUGAAAAAGCUUUGACCACCAAUCCGUUUGCUUUUCUUAAAGUUGAAUUAGUGCUAGGAAAACAUGGUAUUACUUUCUACCCAACACUAGAAUCAAUCCAAACAGCUCUUAAACGACUUCCCGCAGAAGUGACAUCAACCAUUAAAAUAAUUCCUAGCAUGUGUCAAAAGUUUCAAAUUGAUUCCGAACAAAACUUGUUUGAAGAAUUUAUGAAAGAUGUCACCUAUCUUCGACUGGACUGGAAUAUUAAUCAAGCGAUUGAGAACACUAUAGACACGUUACGGGUGUUCAAAGAAAAAUGGAAUGUGUUUCGGCCCUUUUGGAGCGUAAAUAGAACGGCUUUCAUAGAAAAAUUUAAACUAUCAAGCAUGACCGCGGAAUCGUUUCAAAAAAAUAUUGAGAAGUUCGAGGAACUUCUUAACCAGCUUUCGAAACAGAACGAUGUGACCGUUUGUAAGUGUACGGAAGUUGACGCAGUGAAACUUAAGUAUGCUAUCACAAACCACAUUCACGAUUGGCAGAAUAAAUAUGUUGAGUAUCUCAAAUGUAUAUCGUAUGGACGAAUUAUUGAGUUCAACAAAACCUUAAAUGCUAAUAUACAAGCUUUGAGUAUUGAACCAAAAGAAGUGGGAGAGCUAAAACAACUAGAAGCAACAUUCAACAGUUGCCAAGAUUGCAUUCCUGACAUGUGUGAUGAGAUCAAAACCAUCGAAAAUUACUUUGACGUUCUAGAAAAAUACGCGUCCGAUCUACUGCCUGAAGCUACCGAUUUGCGACGAAACAUUCAUCAGAUAUGGAAGCGCUAUAUGGAUUUCCUAAAUCAAAUUAAGGAACAAAUUGAAAAUUAUCAGAAUCAGUUCAAGUUAACAAUGGCGGAAGAGGUUGCGGCCCUGAAGGUGAAUGCUAUCGAAAUGCUGAAACUGUUGGACGUGACAAUGCCUACCAGCGACACUCUGCGACCUGAAGAAGCAUUCCCCAUGCUCGAAGAACUAUUCCGUCAACUGGAAGAACUAGAAGCACAAGAACGUAUGAUUAGGGCGAAAAUGGAAUUGCUGGGAAUUGAAUAUCAUCCGUUGGAUGUUAUAAUAACAAUUCGCAAAAAACUGGAAACUAUGCAACAAAUAUGGCAAUUUGUGGAUGAUUGGAUCCAACUAAAAGAUGCAAUGUACUGUCAAAAAUAUGUGGAUUUGAACGAGGGAUUCGAUAUCAAAGAGCGUUCUGAAUUGAUUGUGAGUAGACUUAACGAUUUAAAUUCUCAACUGGAAGAGGAUAUUUCCUACCCUAUCUAUACGACGACCCGGAUAGAAGUGCUUGAUUUUGAAACUACAAUUUCUGUAGUAUUGGAUAUGAAAACAUCUCAGCUACGAGAAAGACAUUGGUCAGCGAUAUCCGAGAUUUUAUCUACACAAUUAUUGACGGAAGAGGAGCUUCUAUUAAGUAACCUGAUCGACUACAGCUUGCACCGACACGUGCGUGCCUUGAAAAGGGUUUGCUACGCCGCCCGCAAGGAGUACGAAAUAGAACUAGAGCUGGAAGCGAUCGAAAAGCACUCGGAUCGAAUCAACUACAAAAUUUCUAGAGAUAAUGAUAUAUUCAGGAUUUCGAAUCCAGAGCGAUGCUUUUCAAAAAUAGAUGAUAAUAUCAUGAGAAUAAUUCAGCUGCAACAAUCACAGUAUAGAUUUCCCUUUGAAGAUGCAAUCAAUUAUUGGGAAGAAACGUUGAACUGCAUGAAAGAUUUGCUCGAAUGUUUGCUGCUGAUCGAAGAUGAGUGCACAGCGUUGUAUAAUGUUUUCAAAAUUACAUCGCUUUCAGCGGAGCUUUCUAUUUUCAAUGAAAGCUUUGAGUUAUGCUUCAAUGAUUGGUUGUCUUUGAUGCGCUUUAUUCGUUCGGCAAACUUACGUGCUGAAGUUUGUCACCCGAAAAGCACAACUUUGGAACAAGCAGAGAAACUGAGAAAAAGGUUUGAAGCUCUGAGGAGAACGUUGGAAACUAUUUUAGAGAAAUACAGAGACAACUACAUACGAUUCUAUUUAAUACCUGACCAGCUACUUAUCAAAUUAAUUGCUGAUCCUCAAAAUUAUGAACUUUUGGAUCAGGCGAUGAAUCACAUGUUCGAAAACAUCAAUACUUUGUCAUUUUCGCAAUUGGAUCUUCCUCAUAGAGCAAGUGAAACGGAAAUUAUUGGAGUGAACCUGAAUAGCCAGGAGAACUUCAAUUUUCUAAGACCAAUUUUCUUGAAACCGACAUCAACUUGUGCCUCCAUAAUGGUGGAAGUGGAACAAUCUAUCCAUGAAUCAUUGAAGAACUUGCUACGCCAUUGCCUGCUACAGUUGAAGAGAAGCUAUUUUAGGCGAGUCGAAAGCGGCUGGCUUCAAAAGUGGAUUCUGCAGGCAUGCAUUAAAAGUGCACAUAUUGAAAAUACUCUGCACAUUAGGAAUGCCCUGGUGCAGGUCGAAUUGUUGGGAAAAUCGAGACCCCUCAAAAUGCUUCGAACAAUGCACAAUAGAUUGUUAAGUGAGCUGAUGGAAUCGUACAAAAAUCUGGAUGAUCAACAAUUAAUGUUGAGGAAAAAGUUACACUCUUUGCUCGUUACUGAGAUAAAUACUCGGGAUGUAAUCGAAUAUUUGAUUUCCAACAAGGUCUCUGGAUUGAGGAAUUUUGAAUGGCUUUCCCAAAUUCGCUCCAAAUGGAAUGAGCAAACGGGACUAUGCACGAUCAGUCACCUCGAUUGUUCCUUUAACUAUGGUUAUGAGUGUAAAUCCCUGAGUAAUCCGCUGUUUAUUACGCCUCAUACGAAUCGAUUAAUCAUGUCAGUAACGAGUGCGAUGAAGAAUAGAUUCAUUCCGUACUUGAUAGGCAACAAUGAAGACGGAGUACAGGUAAUCGAAGAACUUUCAACGGAAUUGGCGGUGUUUCAUGUUACAGUUCGAUCUGACAAAGGAUGCAAUUUGAACACGAUUGUGCGAUACAUAACCGGAAUUUUCAAACUACAAGCAUGGAUUAGUUUUAGCGCCGUGGAAAACAUGCCCUCCCAAAUAGUUACAAUGACUAAUGAAAUCAUUAAAGAAUCGUUCGCCAAGAAAGAUAAGCAAAGUAUUUUGGAUCUAGGAGAAGCCAAAAUCGGCACUCAGUUUCAAUUGUUUGCGCUUACUAAUGAUUUCUCGGCGAUAGUACCGGAACUUGAUCGGACGGUGUUGCGACCUGUGUACGCAGCCUUGCCCGACGAAGAGGUGGUUUUACAAAAUAUGCUGUGCUCCAGGGGUAUCAGACAGUAUCGAACGAUGGCCUGUCUGUUAAAAUCGUUUUUGAAACAUAUCAAAUUCCAAUUUUGCCAUAAGCAGCAGUUGUGGAACUUCAAAACGCUUCGCAGUGCGCUAAGGCGCACUGAAGGGAUGCUCAAGGAUGACUUGAAAACUGAACAUGAUAUUGUAAUCAAUGCUUUGCGGGAGGAAUUUAAUCCAGGCAUGUCUGAAAAGGAAAAGAAACUAUUUGAAGGAUGUGUUUCGUUAGUCUUUCAAUCAGAUCCCCAUAGAGAUGAUAAAGAAUCCAGAAGCGGUUAUGAAGAUUUUGAAAUAAUAUUCAAAGAGUCUCGAAUGAUUCCAACCGAUUACCAGCUGGCAAAAAUAAAAGAAAUUCUGGACAAGUUUUCUUCUAGUCGCCCAAUGUUGAUAACUGGUAAAUCGUUAAGUGGGAAGUCACUUUUACUUGAACAAACUUUAAAAGCAGCAGGAGACGGUGAGCGCCAUUUCAAGCAAUACCACGUGAAUCCACAUAUACUAGAGACAAUUGACGAUAAAGAAAUUUUUUAUCGAUCUAAAUUCGACCAAAUAAUCAUCAGAAUUCUUGAAUCAGAUAAAUAUGACCGAAAAUGUUUAACACUCGAUACUGUAGAUUUGCAGGCUUGUUGGGUAGAUUGCGUAAGUACUCUACAGGACCGCUAUACCACAAACGAUUUAGGAAUCAUUAGUAACAAAAAUCCCCACUUGAGAGUAAUUAUUGAAACAGAGGAUCUUGGAACAGCAACGCCAGCCUUAGUAGCGAAGUUUGAAAUCGUUCAUUUAGACUACAGAUUGGUAACGUGGAAACAAAUUUUUACCUCUUGGUUAUCGUACACCUCCAGCUUGUCAGCCGAUGCCAAAGUAGACUUGGACGAAUUGGGCUGCAAAUGUUUAGAACAUUUCUUCCUCUUCCGUUCGAACUGUGACAUUUCACCGAAAACCUCGGACAUUAACGUGAUUCAAACAUUCUGUCAGCUGUAUGAUUCGGUGGUGGAAAGUUGGAAUGUAGAAGACUUGCUGACGGACGAAAGCUCCCAAACGGAAGCUUAUAGAAAAUUAUUUUUCUUCUGCUGCUUAUGGUCACUGGGGGUUUCCAUGAAUGAAGCCGACCGUGAAAAGUUUGAUAUAAUAGUUCGCGAGCAGGUUUCGGACAUCAUCACACCUUUUCCGUUGAAGGGAAGUGUUUUUCAGUAUGUUAUACAAAUAUCCAAAAAUUCCUCCGCAUGGGUCCCGUGGAGCAUCCAAGACGAUAGCAUCAACAAUAAUAAUUUCAUAUGUGUACCCGAGAACAUUUCGUAUCAAUUCAUCGUAGGAAUGCUGUCAAAGAGUUCGAAACCACUACUCAUUACUAGUGAGAACACAGUUGGUAAAAGUUCAAUGAUCAAACAUAUGAUGACGAUCAAUGAAUGCAAGAAGCAUAUCAACUGCGUAUGCAGCUUAACAUCAAACACAACUGCUGAAUGGUUACAAAGGAUACUUUCACGAUUUACCAUUAACGUCGCAAAAAGAAUAGUCUAUCCACGAGAUCGAAAGCAGCUGGUCUUGUUUCUGGAUGACUUUCAUUCCGUUUUCGGUCAAAAUGUACAGACGACAGAAUUUCUAAGAAAUCUAAUCGAGAGGAAAUUUUGGUACGCUAAUCAGGGCAUUCAAAGAUUGAAGCAGACGCGUAUUGUCGCUGCCAUGAGGUCGCCUCUUUUUGCUGGACCACGAUCUUCGUCAAUCACUCGACUGCUUAACAAAUAUCAUAUCGUUUAUCAGACGUCCUGCGAAGAUGAAGUACUGUCCUAUAUUUUCAACCAGAAGAUAACAAAAAUGAUUCACACAGAUAAUCCGUACCCACUGCUUAAACUGAUAGCACCAGCAACGGUUAACCUAAUCCGACGUCUAAGUGUUUGCAUGCCACCAACUCCAAAUAGACCACGGUAUCAUUUUUCACUAAAGACAAUCGGACGAAUCUUGGACUCGUUUUGCGCGAUGGGCACCGAUCGUGAUUUCGCUGACAAGAGUUCACUACUCAGGCUUUGGAUACACGAGUGCUAUCGAGAAACUUGGGACUUGUUGGAAAAAGUGGACUACAAGAAGUUUUACGAAAUUUUCAACGAUACUAUUUCCGAGCAUUUCGAAAAUACUUUGCACAGUUUAUGCCCCGGGAAUCGGAGUCCUUUGUUCUACGCCGUAUCUGAGAGUGAUGGUAGCUAUGAGGACAUGCAGAACGGUGACCAAUUUGUGCAAUUAACAGAGACUGCUCUGGGUAGUAAGAAUGCAGAGAUAAUUGUGCAUCAGACAGCCGUAGAACAUGCUGCGAAAGUACUACGAGUUAUUCGCAAUGGUAACGCACAUAUGAUACUGCUGGGUAGAGCCGGUAGUGGUCGAAGCAUGAUUUGUCGAUUAGCUGUAUCGAUUGUCAACCAUCACAUUGAGCACCGAAAACCUAUCGAUGAGUCGAACGUUAUGUUACAUUGUAUGAAUAUAAAACAAACGGACAGCUUAGCGAUGGUAGAAAGGCAGCUGUCAAACCUUUUCGAAUGUUGUAUUGAUAAUCGUGUAUUGUGCUUGAUCUUUGCUGACCGACGGGAUAGGAUAAACGAACUCAUGUUAGAAAUCCUUAAUAGUAUUAUCGUGAAUGGUACUAUCGAUGGCUAUUAUCCUUGUGAGAAUCUGCACCAGAGUUGGACGAAGAUCAGGGACAAUUUACAUUUUGUUAUAUGCGCUCCAGUGUGCAUUGAUGAAUUCCGAAUAUUUCAAAAUAAAUUUCCUUCUUUAUGCGCGAACGUAUCCAUGAACUAUGUGCAUCCUUUAACCGAAAAAAGUUUAACUGAAAUAUCGAAAAAACACUUGCAACAAAUUACUCUGGACCGUCCCAUACUUGCUCAAAAAGACAACGGAAUUGAACCAGUAAGAGUGCAGCAGCGAAAGCGAGACAGUUUAGUACAAAGCACGGAAGAACGUUUACAGUUGGCAACUACGGAUGCGCUAACCAGGAUGCACUCGGUAGCAAUGUGCGAUAUACCAAAAUUUUCCCCACAGAUAAAUGUACUUUGCAGUUGGUAUUUCGAGAUGCUUCAUGCGUUUGGAAGAGUUCUUCUAUCGAAAAGAAAUAGUCUAAGUUUGGAAUACGCAAAGUUCUACAAUGGCAUCCAGCAAAUAAUCGAGGCAACACGAAACGUUACAUUACUGCACCAAGAGCUAGAAAAGCAACAAGCAACAAUAGCUGAGUAUCAGGCUGAGCUAGAAGAGUUCAUCGAAAACAUCGAACUGCAAACAUUCGAAGCCGAUGAAAAGAGCCAAGAAGUUGCUGUCAAGCGAGAAAAAAUAGGUGCAGAAGAAAUUGUAUGCAAGCAGCUAGCAGCGGUGGCGGAAGAAGAUCUAGAACAGGCAAUGCCUGCUCUGAACAGUGCCAUCGCUGCCCUCGAUUCACUGAACAAAAAGGACAUGAAUGAGAUUAAGUCAUACAGUCGACCUCCGGCAAAGGUAGAAAUGGUACUUAAUGCGGUUAUGAUUCUGCUAGGAAAGGAGCCUUCUUGGACCGAAUCGAAACGGCAACUAGGAGAACAAAAGUUUCUGGACACUUUGCGGAACUUCGAUCGUAACAAUAUAAGCGAGAAAACAUUGAAGGUGAUUGGAACCUAUGCGCGUAAUCCGGACCUAGAACCCAACAAAGUGGGAGUUGUUUCAAAAGCAGCUAAGUCGCUAAUGUUGUGGGUUAUAGCAAUUGAAAAUUACGGGCAAGUCUACAAGUAUGUAGGACCAAAGAUAAGAAAAAUGGAAGAAGCUAAAGCGUCGUUGCUUGAAAAACAAAAUGCGUUGUUGAAAGCUGAACAAGAGUUGGCGGAGUUAGCAGAGAAACUAACAAUUCUUCGUAAUGAAUAUGAGCGUAAAAUGAAGUGCAAGCAAGAGCUUGAGGAAGCAGCUAGACAAAUGGCUCUGAAGUUAGAAAGAGCUAAAGAAUUAAUAAAUGGACUGGCUGGUGAAAAGAUAAGAUGGACAAAUUCAGCAAACAAUUUGAGAAAGGUUUAUGCAAACGCUAUUGGUGAUACGCUUCUAGCAGCAGGAUGUCUCACAUAUUUUGGACCGCUCCCACCCACAAUCAGAACUUCCCUCAAAAAUCAAUGGAAAAUAGAUCUGGAAGCACUCGAAAUACAUCAUACUGAAGGUUUUGUGCUGUUUGAUCAUCUGUAUGAUGCGAAUACAGUGGAAGCAUGGCAAGACCAAGGACUACCAAUUGAUGAUCUUUCGCUGGAAAAUGCAACGAUUUUACUCAACAGUAUAGAUCGUUUGGCGUUCGCGAUUGACCCGCAAGGACAAAUUCAUCGAUGGUUGAAUGCAAUAUACAGUACCAAGGGUAUGGUUGAGUGUGAUUUUGAUGAGGACAUUCCGAGGCGGUUCAUAGAAACGGCAGUCUAUGAUGAUUUUCCACUUUUGAUGUAUAAUGUUCAACAGCAUAACGUAUUCAAUUUAGAUGAUUUGCAAAGUGCCUUUGCUCAUGCCUGUGAGAAAAUAUGUAGAGAAAGGAAGAGUGAAAAUGAUAAUAACGGUGAUAAAAAGCAGAGUAUGUUUUUGAUGAGUAAUGAAAAUGUAGUAUCCCAUAACUCUCUGAUGAAGGUUGUCAAUGUGGUUAAUUUCAUUGUCGGGUUGCGAGGAUUAGAGGACAAGUUGCUUGCUAUCGUUGUUGAGCACGAAAUGCCAUCGCUGGAGGAAAGAAAAGAGCUACUGCUGCGCACUAUAUCGGCUAACAAAAAAACUUUGAUCGAAUUGGAGGAAAACAUUUUGCACAUUUUAAACACGAGCACCGUGCCGCUUCUAGAAAACGAAGAUCUGUACAAGACAUUGAAUUUCUCAAAGCACACCGCCGAGGAAAUAAAUUCCGGUUUGGAGAGCGCUGAGAAAACUAGGAACGAUUUGGAAAAAUCACGAGAAACUUACAGCCCAUGUGCGACGAGGGCAUCGUUACUUUUUGACGUAAUCGACAGUAUGAAACGAGUUAAUUCUUUCUAUUGGUUUUCACUGGACUGGUAUUUUUCGCUAUUUCUGCAAUCACUGGAGAAAAGCUCUCGAUCUCAAAAUGUUGAAGAACGAAAGAAAAGGAUCAAUGACUUCCACACCUAUAACGUUUACAAAAAUGUAUGCUACGCACUAAAACAAUCCGAUCAGAGAAUAUUCGGAUUUUCUCUCUGCUCUUCUCUUCUAUACGCGAACGAGGAGCUGAAUAUUCGAGAGUACAAUUUUCUUCUGUAUGGAGCUGGAAAAGUUGAUCGACUCGAGCAAGCCGAAAAUCCUAGUCCCGAGUGGAUUUCUCAGGUGCAGUGGGAUAAUAUAACCGAAAUAGACAAAAUUCCUGGCUUCCGAGGAAUCAUUCAAUCGUUUGAGGAAGCGAACGACGAUUGGAAGUCAUGGUACAUGGAAGUGUAUCCAGAAUCUGAGAAACUACCUGCAGCAUGGGAAAGGAAUCUCACUAAAUUUCAAAAAUAUUUACUAGUUCGUAGUCUUAGAUACGACCGUUUGGACGCAUGCUUGAGCGAUUCUGUGAGGCGUAAUCUAGGCGCGAAAUUUGCUGAAAGUAUUAAUGUCAACCUGAAGGACAUACUUAGCCAGUCAACUGCAGUGACGCCUAUAUUAUUGGUAUCAUCUGCUAACAGAAACUUAUGGAAUGAAGUGCAGGCAUUGGCUGAAACUGAGAACGAAGGGAAGGUACACUUUUUAAGUGCUAAUACAGUGCCAAUAGCUGCUAUAAUCGAAAAUUUGAAAACGUGCGUCGAAAAAAAUCAAUGGCUGUUCAUACAAGAUUCACACAAGUCAAAAUCCAUCAUGUUCCAGCUGACUCACAUUGUGAAAUAUUUGAAAACCAGUGAAACUAAUCCAGACUUCCGAUUGUGGUUGUUUUGCGAUAUAAACUUUACCAACAUCGCAAUAAAUACCUUGCAAUUGAGUAUUAAAUGCAUGUUCAAUGAACCCGAGGGAAUAAAGCAACGAAUACAUGCAAUUUAUGAACACGUUGGAGAGAAGACUUUCAAAAAAAUUGCGAAAAAUAAACACAGCAAAUUGCUUUGUAAAUUUUUAUUUUCUUUGGCGUUCUUUCACUCCAUAUUUUUGGAGAGGAGAAAAUUCCAAACUCUAGGUUGGAUAAAACACCACUAUUCGAAUGUUUUGGAUUUUCAUAUAUCAAAUAAACUGUUUCAAUUUUGUGUUAAUGCUCUGCUGCCUUCGAAAGGCAAUGCCAACAUCACGGAGCAAAACUUUGAAGAAAACACCGGUAUAAAUGUGGAUGCAGCAGUGUGGAACUUUAUAAAGAACGCAUGCCUCGAGGUUGGAUACGGUGCACACGUGAACAACCAAUGGGAUCGCAGAAUAUAUGAUGUUUAUUGUAACGAAAUUUUUCGGCCACAAAUCACAACUGCAUCGCAGUGCACCUUGGUACCGGACGAUCCAUCAUACUGCUAUCCACGAGACGGAAACUAUCAAGCGUGUAUUAAUUUUAUCAACAAACAAAUCCCUGCAAAUGACACAGUCACCGUGUUUGGGCAAAACGAAAAUGCAGCCAUCAAAUACAUGGAAUCUCAAUCCACGUACUUACUGCAGAUGCUAGCGAAACUCGAGUUUGGAUCUGUAGAAACCGAUAGUGUUCAGGAUGAUCAUAAAACCUUCGUGGAUUUCAAAAAGGUGAGACACGCAGUGUCAGAACUGCUGGUGACAUUUCCGGACUAUUUGGAUUAUGAAAAUGCAACUAGAAUUGUGGGAGUAAACAGAACGCCCGUCACCGAUGUUUUGCUGUGUGAAAUUUCAACUUACAACAGCAUCGUGGAACUAGCCAGUAGAAAUCUCCAACAAAUAAUCCAGGUUUUAUCCGGGGGAUUUCCUAUGACCGAUGUAUUUCAUCGUUUGAUCAUCGACGUGCAUAAGAAUCGAGUGCCGUCGAGUUGGCUUAUGUACCCUUCGGACAACUUUUUAUCAGACUGGGUGCUGGAUUUGAAAGAUAGAGUUAAAUACUUUAGGAAAUGGACUGAAACUGGACAGAUACCCAAUGAUAUUGUUUUGGGGCGUUUCAUUAAACCGCAGCGAUUCCUCAACGGUGUCCUAAAGCUGUACGCCAUAACUCACAACAUUCCUGUUACUGAGCUUACCUGGAAGAUAAACAUUUUUAACACCAUGAAGCCAUUGGUGCAAAUCCCGAUCGCAGAAGGCUUCAUAGCUCGAGGAGUAUUUUUGGAAAACGCCGGUUGGAACAUGGAGAAACAAUGCUUCAGACAACCAAGAAUACUGGAGAUGGUCUGUCCAAUGCCACCAAUGUCGUUCAAGCCAAUUGCAAGCGGUGCCGUUAGACAGCGGCGUGCUUCAACGUACGUCUGUCCCUGUUACUACGAUAAACACAGAAAGGAUGAAGACUUCGUAAUCUCUGUGCCGCUCAAUUGUGGAGAAAUGGAUGAAGACACGUGGAUUAAAUAUUACACAGUUUUACUAUUGAAUAAAUAA